AAAUGCCGACACGACCAGCUGAUUCCAUAGCUGUUUCAUACAAUCUGUCCAUAAUCACAGACACGCAACGUAUUUACUAUCUCCAAUGUGAGCGGUCGUUUUAUCAGAAACAGGUUCAACGCCUGCUCUCUUCGAGAACACAACUUUGGCUUCGGAAUCGUCUCUUCCGCUGUCAGAUAGUCGUAUCUCCCCGAGAUUUUCAGUUGCUGUGGAGAAGUUCAGCCAAAGAUUAUAGAUUCAGUCCAUAUUUGACUCCUACACCAUUUACGUCGCGUUUUGCGUACGACAUCAGAGCCUGCAAGCAUCAAAAUGGAAGCACUGGGAGCAAUUCUGAAGCCACAUGCAGCCCUUAUUGGGCAAAUAGCUAGCACUAUAACAUUUGUACAGUUUCUUAGUCCUGCGCUUAUGUUGAACACUAUUCGCCAGCGAGGAAGCAGCGCCGGAUUCCCAUUCAUGCCAUUCAUUGGAGGUUUCGUCUUAACGAUUCUGAGUUUGAAAUUCGCCUCCGUUAUCGAAGAUGAUGCAAUGAUUAAGGUCAAUCUUCUGGGUUUUGGCCUAAAUGUGAUUUACUCUUGCGUGUUCUAUUUCUAUACGCCGCCAAAAGAUAAGAAUAAGUUAUGGGCGCAAAUCGGAUUGGCCGGGCUGCUUUCGGCAAUUUGUGUAGUUUACUGCGAAUAUGAAGACCCUAAAAAAUUGGAAUUCCGAUUGGGUUUGAUAGUCACUGCGUGGCUAAUAAUAUUAGUUGGAUCACCGUUUUUGAGUUUGGGAGAAAUGAUCCGGAACAAAAGUGUCGGUAAUAUGCCAAUAUCGAUAGUUGGAUCGGGAACGUUAGUGUCGUUUGCGUGGAUGGUUUAUGGGCUGGCAAUCCAGAAUACUGUGAUUGUGGUGCAAAAUUUAAUCCUGUUUUCAAUGGGUGCUAUACAAAUAUUUUUGUACAUAAUUUAUCCUCCGAAACCGGCGCCAUCAGCCGAUCUGAAGAAGAAGAAGGAAAAGUAAAUUAUAAUCAAGGACUAAGGAAGGAAAAAGUAUUGUGAUAGUUGAUAAUAAUGAGAAAAAUGUUAUGAAUACUGAGACAAUAAUAUCUGCAGCUUCCAAUAUUAAAUACAAAAAUACAGUAAUCGAAAGAUAAUAUUAUCUAUAAAAUGGUUGUAAAUAUAAAUAUGUAUACGGAAGUGUGUAGGACAAAUAAUUAUAGGAUUUUAUCAAAUCUGUCUUUGCCUUGUAAAAUUUGAAUAUGGUUAGUGUUGUAUUCAAUUCUCUUCCAAUUCCGUGUAUGAGUAUUUUUUCACUUUCAAAUAAAUAUAAGGAUUUUA